UAAUGAUUAGCUAACGAUGUCUCUAAACAAGUGGCUCAGUUAUUUGCUAGCCAAAGUACCUGUAGGACAUGUCCGGUUGGAAGUGUUUACUAGCAGUCGCUUGCACGGUAGGUUUCCUUGCGUCCAGCAUCAGGGGACAAAACCAAACCGACACCGACUGGUGGAAGACGGCCGUACUGUACCAGAUCUAUCCACGCUCGUUCUAUGACACCGACGGCAAUGGAGUGGGCGACAUUCGAGGGGUGACGGCGAAGCUCCAGUACCUCAAAGACACCGGCAUCGAUGCGACGUGGCUAAGCCCAAUCUUCCAGUCACCCCAGCGAGACUUUGGGUACGAUGUGAGCGAUUUCCUGCAAGUUGAUCCACUGUUCGGUACGAACGGCGAUCUGGAGGAACUGUUCGACGAGGCACGCAAGCUGGGGCUCAAGAUUGUGCUCGACUUUGUGCCGAACCACUCGAGCAAUGAGCACUGGUGGUUCGUGCAGUCGGAGUUGGGUGUGGAACCGUACCGGGACUAUUACGUGUGGCAUCCGGGAAGGCCCGUUCCCGGCCAGGCACGUCCGGAUGUCCCAAACAAUUGGAACUCCGUGUUUUAUGGUUCGGCUUGGGAGUGGAGCGAAAUACGCCAGGAGUACUAUCUGCAUCAGUUCGAAGUGGGCCAGCCGGAUCUGAACUAUCGCAACCCGAGGGUGAUCAAGGAGUUCGAUAAUAUCCUGCGCUUCUGGAUGGAGCGUGGAGCGUCCGGGUUUCGGGUGGACGCAAUCAACCACAUGUUCGAGGAUGCACUGUUUCGUGACGAACCGAUCAACGAUCCGAGCGAUCCAUUGAGCUACGGCUACACGCAUCACAUCUACACAAACAAUCUGCUGGAAACAUACGACGUCAUCGGCCACUGGAGGAAGGUGAUAGACGAGUUUGUGGAACAGACGGGCUCGGAUGCGAUAAUCAUGCUAACGGAGGCCUACACCAGCAUGGAUAUGGUGCUGCGCUUCUACCAGUCGGACGAUGGGUCGGAGCAGCGGGCACACUUCCCGUUUAACUUUGUGCUGUUGGGUGAGCUGAACGGAGAUUCGAAUGCGCGCGACUUCAAGUACGUCAUCGAUCGGUGGUUGGAAAACCUGCCCCGCGGUAAGGUGACCAACUGGGUGCUUGGGAAUCACGAUCAGCCACGCGUUGGCAGUCGCUACGGUGAGGAACGGAUUGAUGCGAUGAAUGUGCUGCUUAUGACACUGCCCGGUGUUGCUGUGACGUACAACGGGGAGGAGAUCGGUAUGGUCGACUACCGAGACAUGGCCUGGGAGGAUAGCUUGGACCCGCAGGGCUGUAACGUUGGGCCGGAGCUGUACAAGUGGAAGUCACGCGACCCACAGCGAACUCCGUUCCAGUGGGACGAUACGCAUAAUGCCGGGUUUUCGACGGCGAACCGAACCUGGCUACCGGUGUAUCCUUACUAUCGGCAGUCGAACCUUCGCAAGCAACUGGAAAGCGAUCGGAGUCACUAUCAGGUGUACACGAAAGCGAUCAAGCUGAGGCGCGAUCGCGUGUUUCGUGAAGGUGCAUUCCGAUCACGCGCGUUAACGGAGCAAGUGUAUGGGUUUGUGCGAUAUCUGAAGGAGGAUCGAAGUGCGUUCUUCAUUGUCUUGAUUAAUCUGGGCGAUGAGAUGACCGAAGUUGACCUGCACGAUCUAUACGAUUCGAUAGGUGAUGGAGAAGUUCGUGUGUUCUUGGUAGGGACGGCGUCUCGCUACAAGAUCAACCAGACGGUGGAAGCUACCCAGCUGCUUGUUGGACCGUAUGAAUCGAUCAUUCUAGGCAAGGAAGCAUCCUCUUCUACUGACACUGUUACUGGUUGCUUCAAGUUAAUUGUAUCUCUGUGUGCAGUUGCAACUUUGUUCAAGAAAUUGAAUUCUUUCUAACGAUUCCAGGUUCCAGUCGCAAGACAAUUAUGAAGUUCAUUGUAAGAAAGACGAAAUAUUCUUACAUUCAACCUCCACUAGCCUAAUCGAUUCCUGAUCAAUGUUGCAGCGAAUUCAAUAAUUUACCGCCGCUCUGUAACAGCCCAUUCUUCCUCCGAUCUGCCAGCUAACAAUCGGUCAGAAAUUAUUAACGUAAAAAUUGUAUCACUCUUCGGUGGCGAAACGAAACCACCGUCAUUAAACGCUUCACUACACCGCCGGGUGAGUGGCAGGUCAAAGCAUAAUGUGUGUAAAGCAUUUGGUUUUCUCCUGGUAUAAAAUAAUAAUCCAGCAACGGUUCUGAUUUAACUCCACGAAGGUCCGUGUCGACUGACGCGGAGGACUGGUGCAAUCGGAGGUCCUAUUAAAAAAUGUAUAUCCAUCGAACUGCAAUCCACAAAUUACACGACUUACUGUCAACUGGGCUGGUGUGAGCUGUCCUCUUCCUGCAAAGGGGCUUUUCAGGACUUUUUUUUUCGAAACCGCGCGUGUUCGGGAUUGUCAUUUAAACAAUCGCAGUAAAUUGAAAGCCCCUAGCGCACGGGGUGGUUAAUUAUUCACUCAAUAAAGUCAUUGCGAUCCACCCACACGCACGUGGAUCGAGGUUGCAGACAGUGCAGCAUGGCUUAUUAUUAUUUUGAUGCAAUUCGAAUUCAAUCGCUGCGACCGGUGGAACGUUUGCUGGAAUUCCGC